CAUCAUUCGAUCUUCACUUUCAUUAAAAAGACAUAUCGAGCUAUAAUCAAAAUGUUGUCAAAGACAUUAUUUUUGCUAUUCGCAACUUCGUUCGUUCUUGUUCACUGCUCGCCAGUUGCAGAGCCAGAAGCUGAUCCAGAGGCGUUGGCUGUGGCUGAUGCUGAUGCUGAGGCAGAACCACUUGCUUUGGCCGAUCCAGAAGCUCUUGCCGACCCAAUCGCAUUUCCACUUAAAAAACAAGCCAAAAGACGAUCAAGCAGUAGCCUUCAAAAGAACAAAUGUAUUAAAGUUAAAGUAGAAAAGGUUCGUAGUUCAUCGAAAUGUUCAUGCAAGAAAGGCAAAAAAUGCCGUAAAUGCAGAAAAUGCCGCAGAUGCAGCACCACUGCCACAACUGCCUCUACAGCAUCAACUGCUUCAACUGCUUCAACUGCUUCAACCGCUUCAACCGCCUCCACUUAAGAAGCAUUACUUUGACCGGCUUUUUUCCUACUUUACAUACGAUUAUGUAUCUUAUUUAAUUUACCUACAAUGGAUUUACGAAUUUAUAUCAUCAAACACCAUUAUUUAUUUCCUUAUGUACACGAUAAACAGGCUUAACCUGUAUAAAUAAAAAAAAUUGCAUUUGAAAAGAACAAA